GAGUCAAGGAUGCCUGUCCUGGGGGCAGGCUCCUGCUCCUCCUGAUGGAUUAGAAGGGGUAUCAGUGUAAACUUUAACACGGUGGCCCACAUAGCCCAGGGACAAGGCACUGCAGAUGCGCCAAUAUAUUGUCAGCCCUGUGCAUCUGUCUCCCAGAGUCCAGGUUUUGUCCCCUGCUCUGAGCCUGGCAUCUGGCGGCCAUGUCCCUCCUCCUGUUAGUGGUCUCUGCCCUUCACAUCCUCAUUCUCAUCCUGCUUUUUGUGGCCACUUUGGACAAGUCCUGGUGGACUCUCCCAGAGAAGGAGUCCCUGAACCUGUGGUAUGACUGCACUUGGAACACCACCACCCAGACAUGGGCCUGCAGUAAUGUCAGUGAGAAUGGCUGGCUGAAGGCAGUGCAGGUGCUCAUGGUGCUCUCUCUCAUCCUCUGCUGCCUGUCCUUCAUCCUCUUCAUGUUCCAGCUCUACACCAUGCGAAGAGGAGGGCUUUUCUACGCCACCGGCCUCUGCCAGCUUUGCACCAGUGCAGCUGUGUUCUCUGGGGCACUGAUCUACGCUCUCCAUGCUGAGGAGAUCCUGAAGAAGCACCCACCUGGCGGUAGCUUCGGUUACUGCUUCGCCCUGGCCUGGGUGGCUUUCCCACUCGCCCUGGUCAGUGGCAUCAUCUACAUCCACCUGCGGAAGCGUGAAUGAAGGCUAUGUCCCCAGAAAAUAAAUCCAUCUAACCAUGA